AUGACUAUAACAAUGAAAGUGGUUCUUUUUAGUUUGACUUGUUUUUACGUCUUCAAAUCUGCCCGAUCUACACAUUAUCUCAACAAAGAAGGAGAAAUCUCAUUUGGGAACUUUUAUGAAACUUCAGAUGCGAACUUUUUCUAUAAACKUGGUAGUCUUUUGUCCAACCAAACAACUGGAAGCAUUGAAAAAUGUUGGUUCAACUGCGUACAAAACAAGGAAUGCUUGUCGGUGAAUACCAUUGCUUUGGAUGAAUCGAGAUAUCAAUGUGAGCUUCUUAACUGGACUGGGACGGGAUUUGAGAAACAUCUCGUACCAAAACCCAACUCAAAGUUUAUGCAGAUGAAGACCGCUUGCUGGCCAAACCCUUGCCAAAGUGGUGGCGAGUGCACUGUUAAAGAUAGAGGACUUAAGUAUACAUGUAAUUGCAUCGCCACAUACACUGGAAGGAACUGCGAAAUCAAAUGCACUCUUUUUGACUUUGAAAAUGGACGACUUGAUGGCUGGACCCUGACAGGAACAGCAUUCAACAAUCAGCCAACCUACGGAGAUAAUCCUCGAGCUCGAGGACGAAAUCCAUCGAAUGUCAAGGGAGACUGGUUUGUAGGUACAUAUGAUAACAGACCCAGUCCCUCUCAUCCAGCAGGCGGGAAACAAGGAAACGGACCUACAGGCACCGCAACCUCGCCACAAUUUGUAAUCCAAGGAACAAAAUUACGAUUUCUGAUAGGUGGAGGCUCUGAUACCAAAAGCGAACGACUCGAGCUGCUGAUUGGUGGAUCUGUAGUUGACAGCGCCACAAGCAGAAGCAACAGGGACGGCAUGGAACAAAGAGAGUUUGAUGUGUCAUCGUUUAGAGGUCGGGUGGCUCAGUUUCGAAUUGUCGACGAAUCGUCUUAUGAUUGGGGUAUCAUCAACGUUGAUCACAUCGAGGACAAUUAUUGCACAUUGUAGUUUCCCGAUUUCAUUUUGACGUCACAGUAUGCAUACUUUGUGUAAAGAUGAAAAAAAUAGUGGAAAGUAUAACUUCAAUGUAUCGUAUUUUGAUAUAUGUUAUAUUUCAAAGAUUGCUCAUGUACAUUUUAUUUGAUAUGCAGUCACUCUGAUCCUAUCUCGUGACCGUAAUCCUUAGCGUUAUAAUUUCCAACAUGACGUCAUAAUAGAACAAUUAAAGAUAUGAAUAAAGGUAUCUAGCUUGAGUGCAUAAUGCCAUAAAUAUACAUUAAUUUAAAUCAAGAUCUGGCAAUUGAAACCUUUUAGUUUCGCGUA